UUACCUUGCCUCGCGCGUGGCAGAUUCAAUCCGUUGAAUUAUCCCUAGAGCAAACUAUCCAUAUCUCGUUUUGGGCUUCAAAUGAAGGUUCUCAUUCUUGGAGCAGGUCCCGCAGGGUGUGCACUCGCACAUGGGCUGAAAAAGGCUGAUAUUCCCUUCAGAAUCUUUGACAAAGGAGAAGACGUCCGUCGUAAUCGCCAUUGGGCCUUCACGCUCGGCUGGGCGCGACCAUACCUCCUAGAACUGCUUCCGGAGGAACUCGGCGCUAAACUUAACUCUUGCCAAGUGGACCCGAACGUUGAUUGUGCUGCAAUCGGGCAGGACAAGAUUAUUCUAUACAAUGGGCAAACGCGAGAGGAAGCGUUUACGUUCCCCAUCCCAAAUGCACGCGAAAUCAACAUCCGUCAGCUGCGCACCUUGUGUGCCGAAGGACUGGAAGUGCAAUACCGGAAGAAAUUUACGCAUUUUGAAGUCAUUGAGAACGGGGGUGUGAGAGUCUAUUUCGAGGAUGGAACUAGUGAAGAGGGCGAUGUCGCAGUUGGAGUUGACGGCGCAAUGUCACAAGUGCGCCAACAGUUACUUGGACCAGCCGCAACCCCCGAUCUCUUACCUUUCGUCCUAAUGAACUUCAACGCCUCAUACACCACAGAACAAGCGCUCUACAUAAAGAAAAACCUCCACCCACUCGUCGACAUCGCAAUCCAUCCCGCAGGCCACUACAUCCGAACCAACGUCCUCGACAUGCCAGACCAGAACGACCCCAGCACUUGGACUUUCCAGAUUCUGUCGACCUGGGCACCGAAGACGGUCGAAGAUUACGACAACGAGACUGAUCGACUGAAAAGACUGAAAGCGUUGGUGAAGAAGAACGGGUGGGCCGAGCCGUAUAAAAGUGCGAUUGAGUGGAUACCAGAUGAUACGUUUGUGCUAAGGGAUCAGCUGAAGAUCUGGAAGACAGUUAAAUGGGAGAAUCGUGAUGGCCGAGUUACAUUGUGUGGGGAUGCUGCGCAUGCAAUGACUUUCCAUCGUGGUCAAGGCGCAAAUAACGCCUUAUUUGACAGCUACUGCUUUGUCGAAGCUAUGAAGGCCGUGCGUGACGGUAAGCCAUUGAAGGAAGCGGUCGAUGAAUACGACGAAAAGAUUUUGAAGAGAGGGAUGGAGGAGGUGCAGAUCUCAAAGGCCCAGACUUUCUUCACCCACGAUUGGGAAAAUUUCAUUAAUUCUCCUGUCAUCAAAUUGGGAACUAAGCCCAGCCACUCAGCGAAGAGCGAGGGGUAUCAGUAGGGUGGCAUGAUAAGGUGGGUUAUAAGAGCAGGUUGCUAGGUCUGAGUUCUGCAUAGUAUCCAGCAAAUGUGUAGUGUGGGGGAUACGGUAUUGCGAUAUGUGAAAGAUUUUAAUUGUUGGAUCUUCCAAUUUGGCCCCGUCGGCUAUAUUCUGCUCUAUUAUUUCCAUUCUCGGCGUUUUCAGACCUCCGGAUUACAUUUCCCAAUGGCAGUCAGGCUCAACUCCUACCCGAAAUAUAGACCGACCCGUCGCUAGCUUGAAAGGCUUGUUACUCCACCGUAUUGGCUUUUCGACAACUAC